GUUAGUUUGCUAAAACGAGCUAAAAAUAUUAAUGCUGCAAACUUAACAAAAUGGACAGCUUUACAUUAUGCUGCACGGGAAGGAAAUGUAAACAUUAUCGAAAAACUUUGAGCAGCAGAAGCAGAUGUGGACAUGACUACUAAGAACGGGAACACAGCAUUAUUAAUGGCUUUCGAAUUUAAGCGUAGUGAAGCGGUAAUUGCUUUGUUAGAACGAGGCAAAAAUAUUAAUGCUGCAAACUCAAAUGGAUGGACGGCAUUACAUUAUGCUGCACAAGAAGGAAAUGGUAACAUAAUCGAAAAACUGCUAACAGCAGGAGCAAAAGUUGACGUAACUACUAAGAACGGGAACACAGCAUUAAUGGUUGCUUCUAGAUUUGGCUGUAGUGAUGCGGUUCAUGCUUUGUUAAAACGAGGCAAAAAUAUUAAUGCUGCAAACUCAAAAGGAUGGACGGCAUUACAUUUUGCUGCAGUAGAAGGAAAAUUUGAAGUAAUCAAAAAACUGUUAACAGCAGGAGCAUAUGUGGACGUUACUACUAAAAACGGGGACACAGCAUUAAUGGUUGCUUCCGAAUUUUUGCAUAGUGAUGCGGUUGAUGCUUUGCUGGAACGAGACAAAAAUAUUGAUGCUGCAAACUCAAAAGGAUGGACGGCCUUACAUUAUGCUGCGAAAGCAGGAAAAGUAAAAAUAAUAGAAAAACUGUUAGCAGCAGGGGCAAAUGUGAAUGUUAUUACUGAAAACGGAGACACAGCAUUAAUGGUUGCUUCCGAAUUUAGGCAUAGUAAUGUGGUAGAUGCUUUGACAGAGCGAGGCGAAAAUAUUAAUGCUGCAAACAUAUAAAAAUGGACGGUAUUACAUUAUGCUGCACGUGGAGAAAAGGUUAACAUAAUCGAAAAACUGUUAGCAGCAGGAGUAAAUGUGUGCAUUACUUUUGAGAACGGGGACACAGCAUCAGAACGAGAACGAAAAUAUUAAUGCUGCAAACUCAAAAAAAUGGACUGCAUUACAUUAUGCUGUAAAAACAGGCAAUUUUCGAAUGAUCUGGAACUUUCUGAUAGCAGGAGCAAAUGUGGAUGCUACUACCGGAAACGGCGGCACUGCUCUAUUGAUUGUUUGCGAAUAUGAGCAUAGGAAGGACGUAAAUACGCACAGGAGAACAGGAAGGACGUAAUGAGUCGUUGCGGAACAGAGUGGUCCUUGUACCAUCAAACAACUUUUUCAAGAGAAGCAAUUUUCGAAAAAUCUCUGCACGGUGCUCCAUUACUAUAAAAAAAAUGCACCAAAGAAUUUGAGUACACCAUUCUAUUCGUUAUGACGUCCAGAAUCUCUGGUCAAAAUUGCAAAAUCAUCGUUCAGUACUUUUUUGAGUAAUACCCUUUUGAAGGUCGUGAAGUACAAAAAUGUGAUAUGAAAACGACGAAAUACUCAAUGUAAAGUCCUUUUUUCAACCACCUUUUAAUGAAAUAACUUCCAAAAUAGUUUCUAUACACUUCAAGGGUUCCUUUAUUUCAAGACUUGAACAAUUGGUGGAAGGAUUUAUUUGAAAACCCCACAGUGCACAGUGGUCUAAACUCGAAAAUCGUGAUCGUUCUUGAUUUGACUGUGAAAAACUGAUUUCAUGUACUCAAUGUCUUCAGCAAAAUUGUUUCAUAGAAAAAGGCCUUACUUUUGGCGUCUUUAGUUUUUCGAUCAAUCCACCUUACAGUUAGAUAAUUUUUUUUUUAAUUUUCAAUACUCCAGAUAGCUUGCUUCAGCAAAGUUGUGGAAAAUUUUAAAAGAUUAACAAUUGCUGAAUACUGCGAUGUCCUAUCUGUACGUUGGACACGACAAAAUAGAGUUUUUUGUAGAACACCCUUUUUUAAAUUUUGUUUUAAGUCUAUAACUUUUUCUAUGAUUGUCAAGACAAUAAAUUUUAUAAAGUCUUGAGAGAAUCUUAGUUGAAUGAUUAAAAUCUUAGAACAUUUUGCAUUGUUUGCGUUCCAAGAUAAACAAAUUUAUCUAUCUGCACCUCAGCACCAACACCACGGGAACUUCCAUGCUCCCUGCCAGCUAACAUGUACUUCGUUUUGGAAGAGUUAAUGACAAGUCCCAAUCUCGCUGCUUCCUUCUUAAAAGAUACGAAGGCCUCCUCCACGGUCCUACGGUUGAUACCGAUGAUAUCGAUGUCGUCCGCAAAACCAAGAAGUAUGUGAGAUUUCGUGAUUAUCGUACCGUUUCAUUGCACGUUUGCUCUACGUACUGCUCCUUCAAGGGCGAUGUUGAAUAGUAAGUUAGAGAGCGCAUCCCCCUGCUUCAGUCCAUCCAACGUUACGAACGAGGCUGAUGUCUCGCCAGCUUUCCGCACGCACGAUUUCGAUCUCUCCAGCGUCAUACGAAUCAGCCUAAUUAGUUUCGUCGGGAAACCGUGUUCCAGCAUUACCAGCACGGUUUGUUUUUUUUUUCACUGAAUCGUAUGCCGCCUUAAAAUCUACAAAUAGAUGGUGGGUCUACGAAUUAUACUCACGAAAUUUAUCGAGGAUCUGACGCAGGGUGAAAAUUUGUUCCAUCGUGGAACACCCCUGGCGAAAACCAGGCUGGUAUUCGCCAACAAAGGAUUUCGUCAACGGUCUCUGAAGAACCUCGAGACCAGCUGGGUAGCCUCGAUAGUUGCAAUAAUCCAAUCGAUGACCCUUCUUAGAGAAAGGGCAUACUAGGCUUUCCAUCCAGUCGUUCGGCAUUUGUUCAUCCGCCCAGAUCUGGUGGAUCGCAUUGUACAGCCACUCACAUCCGGCUUCUAGAAGUUGGGCCGGGAUACCGUCCUUUCCAGCGGCUUUGCCGUUUUUCAGCUCACUAAUCGUCUUUUUCACCUGCUCCUGUGUUGGUGGCUCCACAGCUCGUUUGAGUGGUGUUGCUUAUUUACUUACUUUAAUGGCAGUACGUCCUAAGAGAUGGCCUGCACAACAUAAUUCCGCCACCUUGAUCGGUUUAUGGCUGCUUGCCUCCAAUCCCGCGGGCACUUCGUACUUGCCAGAUCAUGCUCCACCUGGUCUAACAGCCUUGCUCUUUGUACUCCUCGUCGUCUCUUACCAACCGGAUUCGAGAAGAAAACCAAUUUACAGGAUAAUUGUCCGGUGUUCUCGCCACGUGCCCUGCCCAACGUUCAGUUUUGGCCGCUUUCUGGAUGAUGGGUUCGCUGUAGAGUUGUGCGAGUUCAUGGUUCAUUCUCCGUCUCCACACUCCGUUCUCCUGGUUCUUAGCACCCGUCAUUCGAAAACUCCGAGCGCUCGCAGGUUCUCUUCAAGCAUUGUCCACGUCUCAUACCCGUAGAGAACAACUGGUCUGUGAAUACGACAACUGGAAUGUGAUACGAUAUAGAUUGUGGAACAGUACCACCGUCCCCCGUAGUUUAAUUGGUCAAAACACCAUGCCGGAGACAGGGAGAUUGCGGGUUCAAGUCCCGUCGGGAUGCGGUAUAUUUUUCCAAAUCUGUAUCAUAUUUCCAGUUCGCUUAUUUUUCGUUCUUCCUCUACUCACAUGCUGUCUGCUUAAUGAACUUUAACGUGUUAACGGGAAAAAGCCGUUGUUAAAAAUAGAAAUUCAGUUCGAAAAAACAACUGGUCUAAUAAGCGUUUUGUACAAUGUGCACUUUACGCGAGAACUUAGACGCUUCGGACGUAAUUUUUCGUGGAGCCCAUAGUAGGCACGACGCCCGCUAAUGAUUAGCCUCCUAAUCUCACGGUUGGUAUCGUUGUUCUCAGUAACCAUUGAGCUAAGGUACACGAACUCGUCGACUUUCUCAAACUCGUCACCGUCGAUUAUCACAACACUACCUAGGCGUGCCCUGUCGCGCUCAGCACCACCCGCUAGCAUGUACCUCGUUUGAGAUGUAUUUAUCUUCAGUCUAAUCUUCUCUGCUUCUUAUUUUAUUCUGAUCUGAUCUGAUCUGCCACUGCCUCAAAUGUUCUGCCGACAGUGUCCACGUCGUCCGCCCAGCAGAUAAAUUGACCGGAUUUAACGAAAAUCGUGCCCCGCGGGUUCAUUCCCGUUCGUCUCACAACACUUUCUAGCGCAAUAUUGAACAGCAGGCAGAAAAGUCCAUCACCUUGUCGAAAUCCCCUGCGGGAUCCGAAUGGGUCGGAUAGACCACCCGAGAUCCUCACACAACACUGCACAAUCUCCAUCGUAGCCUUUAUCAGUCUGAUGAGCUCUCCACGAUUAAUCGUGUCAUAAGCGGCUUUGAAGUCGAUGAAGAGAUGAUGCGUAGGGACUCUGUAUUCUCAGCAUUUUUGGAGAAUCUGCCGCAGAGUAAAGAUCUGGUCCGUUGUGAACCGACUCUCCAUGACAGCCGCUGGAAAAUUAUUUGGGAUAUCUUUUUGUAGGCGGCAUUCAGGAUAGAGAUCGCUCGGUAGUUUUCACAAUCUAGCUUGUCGCUUUUCUUGUAGAUGGGGCAAAUAACCCCAUCCUCCCACUCCUCCGGUAGGCAUUCCGUUUCCCAAAUCUUAGCAAUCAGUCGGUGCCGACAUCUGCGGUGAAAGCGAAAAAUGCAUCUCGAAACUGAAAAAAAAAAUAAUCCAGCCGUACGUCACGCAUGUUUGCUCUUCGAAUUUAUCGAAUUGAUUUCAGCAGUGUACUCCGCGCGGCCUUCUGCUAUGCAUUCUCUCUAGCUAGAGUGAUUCACCACUCUUCUCACGCUCAGCCGUGGUGUAAGCAGGAUUGUCACAUUUAUACCUGUAUUUUUUUUUUCUUGACAAAACCUGUUUCUCUGUAUCUCGGGCCGAUAAAUCUAUAUCGAGAAAACUAAGAAUAUUGGAUGGAAAAAUUCUUACUUUCAGAAUAUAUGUAAACAUAUUAGUGUUUUUUUGCCAUUGCUUUAUCUCUUUUUUUAGUCCUAAACUUGCAAUAAGUAAGGCGAUAAUUAAAUGUAUUAACUGAUGAUUAUUCAUUUUUCUCUACGUGAUGUUUAUACAGUUUUUCGCUUAUUUUAACCGCUACAGUCGACAAACAUGUAAACAGUAACAUCAUAGUUAAAUGCAAAAUGUAACGUAUCCAAUGUUUUCUCUUAUUAUUAUUGCUUCGAUGUUGUUUUUUAAUGUUCGGUUCUUGAAAAUGAAUCGAUCAGGUGAUAUUUCAAUAAACUUAAAAGUAGGGGUACUGGGGGUAAGCCCGGCCCCCUAAGGAAAAUUUCUACAAGUUAUGAAGGUUUUCAGUACUUUCAAACUGUUAUUUUACAAGAAAUAGUGAAGUUUUGACACUAAGAUAAAAACGACGUUUAGCAAUCAGUGCGGGUGAAACCGGCACCCCUUGUUUGUUGGCACCUAAGUUUGUUCAUGAAUUAACUCGAAUUAACUGAACUAAUUUGAAUUCGCAAAUCGCCGAAUGAAAGAUCUUACAUUUCUGUAUGUUACUGUUGAAUUUGGUUGUUGUCGGUUAGCUGGUUCUGGGCAGAUUGCCGGAACAAGUUCCGGUGAACAUUAUGUAUAAACAAUGAAAGAAUUUGAUACUCGGCAAGCCUAUCAUGUGGCACUUUAAAUCAUAUUAUUAACUAGUUUCAUUGAAGCCAGGAUCACAUUGACCACACCGGAGCAUAUUUCAAAUACCACCGGGAAAGCCGUCAGUUUUGUGACUUGAUUCAGUACAUUUGGUACCUCUAAUAACCCUUUGGAAUCAUUCAUAAAUCACAGAAGAGAUUCAGUGCAUGGUUCUAAGUCGAUUAAUUAAUUUAUUUAUCAGCGAGACAUCGGUAAUAGAUGAGAAAUAUGUGUCAGUAACAUCCAACCAGCCUCAGACCAUGUCGGGCUUACCCCACUCACUGGGUGACGGUGUUACCCAGACAGCACACAUUUU